AUGCUCUGCGAGAAAGGCUUGCCACCUACACCUUAUAUGAUUGCAAAUUUUGCGCAUGAGAUAACCGGUAAAAGGCCAGGGAAAAACUGGGCUUCUCGCUGGUUAAAGAAACAUCCAAAUGCGUUGAUAUCUCGCUAUUCUACAGGCAUUGACCGCGACCGAAAAAGGGCAGAUUGCGCAUGGAGUUAUGCUCUUUAUUUUGAGCUUAUAAACCGCAAGAUUGAGCAAUAUAAUCUACAGCCAGAUCAAAUUUACAAUAUGGAUGAGAAGGGCUUCGCGAUUGGCACUAUGACCACACAAAAAAGAGUAUUCUCUCGGCGUUUAUAUGAUAAGAAGUUCAAGCAAUUUCUUCAAGAUGGAAAUCGGGAGUGGAUCACUACAAUUGCUUGUAUUCGCGCGGAUGGAGCUCUUAUUCCCCCGGCUUUGAUCUAUAUGGCCAAAUCCGGUAAUCUACAAGAUUCCUGGCUUCAAGAUCUUACAACACAAAGAUGCCACUUUGCAGCUUUAGAAACAGGAUGGACGAAUAGCGAGAUUGGCUAUCAUUGGCUCCAGGAAGUUUUUAAUAAAGAAACUGUCGUGCCGAAACGCGCUAGGUUUGAUAUUCACGUUCCGACAGAAACCAAAUCUCAAGCAAGCCGGGGAUGGCGCCUUCUGAUUCUUGAUGGUCACAAUUCUCAUGUGAAUAUGAGAUUUAUUGAAUAUUGUGAUAAAAACAGAAUCUUAUUAGCAAUAUUCCCAGCGCAUGCAACGCAUACUUUACAGCCUCUUGACGUUGGUUUAUUUGCUCCUCUUGCCGCCAAUUAUUCCAAAGCUUUAUAUCAAUUUCUUGAUGAAACUCAGGGAAUAAGCCGUCUUACAAAACGUGACUUUUUUCGGCUUUUUUGGAUGAGCUGGGAGCUAUCUUUUACAAAAAAGAAUAUCUGCUCUAGCUUCAAAAGUACGGGCCUCGUUCCUUUCAAUCCGGAGAUAAUUUUACAGCGUUUUAAUGAAAAAUCCGAAAGCCGGCCAUCUUCAGCUGGCUCUACAGCUUCAAUUCUCUCGCCUGAAGAGUGGAGGGAUAUUCGCAAACUUAUGCAGAAGAUUGGGGGUAAAAAUCCUAGCAAAGACUUCAAAAAGCUAAGCAAUACAGUCAUGGAGCUUACUACGGAGGUUGUGCUGCUUAGAUUACGUCUUGCAAGCGCAGGAAAGGCUCUAUUACAUGAGAAAAGGCGCCAGAUUCGAAAAAAGCCAUUAUUACUGGAUUUGCCCAAUAAACAAGAAGGUGGUGCCAUUUUUUUUAGUCCUUCAAAGAUUCAGCAAGCCCGAGAACUUUUUCAACAAAAGGAGGAUCACGCCACGCAGGAAAAAGCUAGGAAAGAUGAUAAAAAGCUUCAACAACAACUUGCAAAGGAGGCUAAAGAGCAAGAAAAGCAAGAACGGGCUCAAAUCCGUCAAAAAAAGCGAGACGAACGGGAGAAACAGGCCGCUGAAAAAGAACGCCAAAAGCUUGAGCAAAAACUAGCUAAGCAAGCAGAUUUACAGCUUCAAAAAGAUGCCCUAGCUAAAGCAAAGCAGCCUACGAGUCGAACAAAUCCAAAUUCAAAGAAAUUGAAGCACAAACAACGCAGUGAAAUCGAGGAUGAGGUUAUUGAUGAGGUUAUUACUACAAAUCGCAGAGGCCGCGAGAUUCGGCUCACAACACGUUUUCGUUAG